AUGAAUCGUAUCCUGUGGUCGUUAUUUAUAAGAAUUUUUAUCAUUCUGUCAAUACUAAAUGAAAUCAGAGCAAAUGAGAAUACUUUAUCUAAUGAUGCUCUUUAUCGACAACGAUGUUCUGGGAUGUACUUUAAAAAUGACAUUCCGGGAGGUGGAUCUGAUUCAAUAAUUACUGUAAAAUACGAUAAAAAAUCAAAUACAGAUGUGGCAGUAAUCGUAUAUGAAUGGCCCGAUAAUGAAAAUUUUGGGUAUCCUGUUGAUUCCGGAGCAAAUAAAAUAUAUAUUUGCGAUCAAAAUGCGAUAGCAGCAAACUAUUGCCCCCAAUCACAACUUGGAGGCUUCAUUGUCACUAGCAAUAAAACGUCGAGUAUUGUUACUCAUGUAUUUAACACUACGAAAAGUGGGCAAAGUUUCACAUAUACUAUCAACCGAACUGGAUAUUACUGUGUUGCAGCACUUCCAUCCCCUAUAACUGAUCAGCGAUUUCUUGUAACUGUGGAUUGGAAAAACCCAUAUGGAGAAUUACCUGCUUUGGAUUAUCCUAAAUUGCCGUUUUAUGGAGCUUUGUCACUUGUCUAUUUACUUAUUGGAAUCAUAUGGAUGGUACUUAGCAUAAUUCAUAGGCAUGAUCUCUUACCAGUGCAGCACUACUUAUCAGGUGUAAUUCUAUUUAUUAUUAUCGAAAUGGCCUUUAAUUGGGGAUAUUGGGUGAAUUAUAAUGCGUACGGAGAUUCAUCAACAUUCCUGCUUUGCCUGGUUGCUGUACUAAACGCCGGAAGAAAUUCUAUUUCAUUCUUUAUGCUGUUGAUUGUCUGUAUGGGAUAUGGUGUUGUCAAACCAUCCCUUGGUAGUACAAUGACUAAAUGCCGUGUGUUGACUUUAGCGCAUUUUGUCUUUGGUGUUGUCUAUGCUGCUGGUACAUUGCUUAUAGAUCCUGAUACUGCAAGUCCUCUCGUGUUCCUGGUCAUUUUCCCUCUAGCUUUGACAAUGACUACAUUUUAUGUCUGGACUCUUCAAUCAAUCACAAAUACACUUCAAACUCUUGAAAUUCGUCGACAAACCGUUAAAGCUUUAAUGUAUAAACGGCUAUAUAGACUUUUAGUUUUUUCGGUAUCAGUCCUUGGUAUCUUCUUUCUCAUUAAUACGUUCAAUUACGUACAUCGAGAAGAUCCUGACUGGAUACCGGGUAACUGGCAAAGGACAUGGUUUUUGUUGGACGGAUGGUUGAAUAUCUUAUAUUUGAUCGUGUUCUGUGAAUUAACGCAAGAGGACGAUUUCGAUACGGAAAGGAAUAGUAGUCGUCUAUCGCAAAGUCCAAUUUAUGAGCAGGAAAAGUAUGGAGGUGAUCGCGGUGAAACGGAACGAUUACACGAUGAUGAUGAUGGAUCUGUGGUAUUUGAUAUAGGCGACGAACAUGAUGAGAAGUCAACUUUAAGAGAAAGUGGAGAAAUUAGUAAUGCUAGUCGUGAGAUGUUGUCUAGUAAUGAAGAAGAGACGAAUAAUUAUCAGGAUGUUUCAACAACGGAUUAA